ACAGAGCUAUGUGAUGCCAUGGAACUGAAGUGGCGCGAGGAUAAUCUUCGAGCAGACCUUGCCUUCCCAGAUACAGUGUUCAUUCGGAACCUCUCGUCUGCAGUCAUGUGUCUCGCACUGUGUUCACGAACAGACGACUGUGACGGGGUAUCAUUUGCAGCGUCGACCUUGACUUGCCGGGGUCAUUCGCUUGUUGACGUUACGGAUAUGAAGAAAGGAGUUGCGUCUCCUGGUUCCAGGUUUUGGAUAAAUCGAAACUGUCAACGAAAUGAUUACAUGUAUAUCAGAUCACUUGACUGGUGCAUUAAAUUGGUAUGGACACUAUGGCCGAAAAGCAGAAAAGACGUCAAGAAAGAUUGUAAAGCGGAGAACGCCAGACUUGUGAAUGUGGACAGUAGAGAAAAACAUAACGUUCUGGUCCGGAAACUCCGUCACAUUCUAUUAUUGCCGCUGACAACGUGGUGGAUUAGUGGAAGAAAGGAUGGUGGUGUGUGGAAAUGGGAUGAUGGGACACCGAUCAGUACUGACUCAGACCUUUGGAACACUUUCCCGCCUGUUCCUUUCCUCAGCACCUGUCUCUGUUACUUUGAACAACUAAUCCCACCCGGAAAACGAUUUUGGCCAUGUGUUUGUAUCGGCAGUAAUGGUGUUAUUUGCGAAGAAUUUCCUUAAUGUCUUGUUAAACCUAAAGGUAGCGGUUUUACGUGAUAAUUAUAUAUAAAUAUGUCUAUCUAUAAAUUAAUUAUAUAUAUAUAUAGUUUAGAAACAAAAAUGACGA